AAUUCAUGGCUGAGGAUAAGUCCAUCAAUCAAUGAACAGUUGUUGAUUAACAACUGGUGCUUCUGAUAAAUCUUGUUCAAUUUUUAUAUUAUAUAAAAAUAAAUGAAAUUAUGUUUAUUAUAUUCUUUAAUUUAAUUCUAAUUACAUGUGCAAUUGCUAAACCAUUUGAGCAACAUUUGCUCCAAGAUAGAACAUUUGUUGAAAUUGAAGCUGUUCAUCUAGUUGAUACGCCAUUAGGAGUUCAAAUUGUUCAUGCUGUCGUACCUUUGUCCGCAAUUGGACUCGAUAAUGCACUGGAAUCUGAGAGUGUUUGGUAUAUACCGGAGCAACAGGAAUUCCCGAAAUUGGGAUACUUAACCUCUCACGGCUGGUUCUUCUUACAUGAACAACAUUUCAAACGAAUCAAGAAACGAGCAUUUUCAAAGAAAGCACCGAAAAAUGCUCAGUUGGAUGUGACAAGUCUCGUGAGACUUGUUCCGUCUUCAUUUGACAACGUGCAGUUUAUCAAAAAAGGUCCAAUGGGAGCGUAUAUCUACAGCGACGGGGGAUCACAGAAAAGUUCACAGUUUGAGGCAAUUCCUUCAAUGUCAACGCGAACAACUGAUACUCAAGUAGUCAAAACUGGAAAUCUUGCUGCCUACAUCUACACCGAGGUUCCAGAAUCACAGGCAUUUGUUUCAGGAUCAGAAUCCUUGUAUUGGCUCGUUCCGGCUAUUCCGUCUCAAUCAAAGAAUAGUCGUUCAUAUACAACAAGACUUCAUGAUUCUUCUCUUCUUUUGUAUCAUGGAAUGCCAAGAUUAAUUAAACUUAAGACAUAACUGUUUUAAACUUCAACAUUUGAAGAUAAUUUUCGUUGUGAGGUGACACGCCUCAGAGAAUCCGUCAACUAAAACUUGAAAAUGUGAAGAACAAAUUUAUAAACAAGUAUCUUUCUUAAACUUGACAACCAUCAUUCAAUGCAAAAUCAGCAUUUUCUGCAAAAUGAACAUUAAUUAGUUU